AUGACUUCAGCUUACGCUAAGAAGGGACAACUGAAUAAUCACACAAUUCCAAGUCAAAAGCUUAAUGCAACUCGAGUAGGAGAAUCGAGACGACUUUUGAUUUUUAUGUUCGCAAAUGUAUGUUUAGCUGUAGUUUGUGUUUUACAUUUUUUGGUCGGUUUACAGCAAACUCUUUUUGAAUAUUUUGGUGUUGAAGUAGAAAUUUCUUCAAGUCUGAAGAAACUGGAGAAAACCAACACAACUGCAAUAAAGCGAUUGGACGUUAGUGGAAUCGGUGCUGCGGGAAAAGAAAAAGAAACACAACAUUCAAAUUCAUUUACAAUCAAAACGAUAUUCAUUGCUGGUGCCAUAGGAAGAAUCAAGCAGACGAGGAAACUUACAACUCAAUUUUGCAAGCUAUUAUCUCGUUGUGCAACAUACGUUCAGUUGGAUUAA